AUGGCGGCAGUUGACAGUUUCGAAUAUCUCUUUCGAGAAAUAUCCUCGGUUUGUCGGUCAACUAGGGAUGCUCUUGCUUUAAUCGGUGCCUUGUACGCCUCACGGAAAACAUUACAGUUAAUGUCAUGUGUAUUAAAGGCGGGACACGACCACUUCCUUAGUAAAUUGUCGAGAUGGAGUGAUCUGAAGAAGCGUUUUGGUCAAUGGGCAGUGGUGACAGGAAGCAGUGAGGGAAUAGGACGAGCAUAUGCAAGAGAAUUAGCCAGCCGUGGCCUUAACAUUGUCCUGAUCAGCAAAAAAGAAAAUCGUCUUUACAGGACAGCCAAGGAUAUAGAGGAAAAAUAUGGUGUAAAAACCUGUAGUAUAGGCAUCAACUUUAAUGAAGGACGAGAAAUUUACCACGAAAUCUGGGAAGAAAUCAAAGAUAAAGAAAUAGGAAUUCUAGUCAAUAAUGUUGGAGUGACGUAUGAUUACCCACAGCCAUUUCUGGAGGUUCCAACAGAGAUGUUGUGGCAGUUAAUCAAUGUGAAUGUAGCAACAGCAACUAUGAUGACCCAUAUGAUUUUGCCACAGAUGGUUCAAAGAUGUAAAGGUGCUGUGGUGAUGGUAUCAGCUGGCUCCUGUGAUAAAAUUACUCCAUUGACAACUGUAUAUUCUGCUACCAAGAGUUUCCUGGACUACUUUGCCCGGGCUAUACACUAUGAGUAUAAGGACCAUGGGAUCAUCGUCCAGUCAUUGAUGCCUUUCUACGUCGCCACCAGGAUGACACGGUUUAGUGAAACCCUGUCUCGACCCAGCGUCAUGAUCCCAUCAGCUACUGAUUAUGCUCGUCAUGCUAUUGCCACGCUAGGAUACACAAGUCGCACAACUGGAUACUUACCUCAUACAAUACAGAGCUGGAUCAUCCACUGUAUUCCAGACAGUCUGUGGAUGUGGGGUGCCACCAGACUUAACUAUGCUUUCAAACGACAAACUGAUGAACGCAUCAAACGUCGUUCUCUACGACUAAUGCACAGUGACCAGUCUCAGGAAUCUGACUCCUGACAAAGCAUCAAUGUUAUUUAGGACAAGCAUUUUUUUCUAAAGAUUUAAGAUGAAAGUACAAACAUGUUGUGUAAGAUCUGUAGUACUUGGACAAUCUUAAAGUGCUGAUGAUUUAGAUAUGAGAUAGUUGCUUUUGCAGCACUGAUUUUUCAAAUUAUUCAUCAUAUUAAAGGUUUAUUUAGGUCUAGUAACAAAACUUUCCUUGAUGAAACCAAUCUGUAGGCUUCAAAACACAAUAAAAUAUCUUAUAUAUUUAACUUUUCUUACAAACUUAACUGUAUAAAGAAAUCUUUGUACUGCACACAAAAACAACUUCAAUUAGUGAUGCCGUGUUAGUUUUGAGUGAUGAUUUAAUGUAAUUGGGACUUCAGCAAAUUUUCUGUUGUCUUUUAUACAUAAUAUUUAUGUGUGCUUCCCUUGUAUUCUUGCUAUUUUCCAUUACUGCCAAACAAUGUAAACUUCUACUAACUAUCAUCCAUCAGUUAUAUAAUGCUUUUAGACAUAUCCAUUUAAUCUAAUGUGGUAACAUCUCAUCCAUUGUACAAUCAAACUAAAUUAUGCAUAUAUUUUACAUUUUAUCAGAAUCUCCAAAGUGAUAAUUUUGCAUGAAACAUCCAUGGCCAUUAUUAUACCGAGAUGGCUAAUUCUGUGGUCAGUCCGAGGUCAAACUGGCUUAAAAUUGAGCCAAGUUUUCAGACACAGACCAAUAAAAUCACUUUCUUAUUAGAAGGAAAGGUCCUAAAGUGAUCACAUUUAUCAAACUGAAUUUAGUUACUCAAGACCUGAUUUCUCACUUAUAUAAAUAUAAAUUCAGAAUAUAAUUAUUUUGUUACUUAGUCAGUUCUAAGUUGGAGAUAAUUCAAGUUACAAAAAUAAAUCACCAUUAUCUCAUAGUUGCAUGGUUCAAGUAAUCACAUUGACUAAUUUCAAUCAACUGUAAUUACUUAUUUUCCUUGUGAUAGGGUUUGAAUGGUACGAUAAAUGCUGACGUGUUUUAUAUAUAUAUAUAUAUAGAUCAUGUCAACCAACUUAUCUUCAUUAUCAAAAUAUGAUAAUUCAAUAUAAAGUAAUACUUUUGUAAAUAAUGUAAUUAUAUAAUUAACCAACAUUCCUCCUGCAGAACAUAAAUGUUUCAACAGCUAAUGGCAUAGUUUCAUUGCAAGAUAACAUUUUUAUCUUAUUUAUGACCGCUUAGCAAGUUUGUUGUGUUAGUUAAGCCGUAAUUUAUUUUUUUUUGUGUACUUAUCGUUAACAACUCAAAGCUUGUUGACCAGAAGCGGGUCAGUCUAAAUGAGAUAUCAGUAGUUUCAUUAUAAGAUAUCUCCAUGGGCCAUUACUGUACCUGGUGUGACUGUGGUGAUAUUAACAAUACAUUUAUACCUGUCAUGUUUUUAAAACAAUUUCAUUUAAAUUUAUGUAUAUUUUAUUUGAUUUACUUUUUAUUACACCAGGUCUUUCAAUCUUCAUUUUUAGCCAUCUUGUUUUCUGCUCAUCUAGAGUCUAAAGUGUCACAUGGUUUUGUUUUCGUAUUCAACACAUCUAAAACAUUUAGUCUGGGUGCAUGUAAUGUACCCAUAUCAUCUUUUAAAGUGAAAUAUGAAAAAUUGUUCUGAGUUUUAGUACCUCAUUAUUGAUUGAAAUAUUUCUGUGUGAUGACUGAAUGGUUGUGAUGAUGAAUGAAACAAAAUGUACAUGUACUGAAUAUGUUUGUUCGUCCUUGCUAACUUUCUCUAUUUAAGAGAGAGUGUUCAAGUUUUGGUCCAAAUUUUAGACAUAAAUGAUCUGGUCAUCUUCUUAAUUAAUAAUUUCAAAAAUCCAAUUAGUCUAAAUGAACGAAUUAUAUUUGUGUGUUUAAUACAUUAGUUUGUCAAAACCAGAUAUAAAAUUAAUAUUUCUGAGGCUUAUAACGUUUUAUAGUUUCAAUCUCCCCAUAGGACUAACAAAUAGCUAACAAACACCAGAUUUUUGAUCGUCCUUAUCAGACAAGUCGAUGACAGAACUGUUGUUUUCAGCUAAACAUGCUUCCCCAGAGUCAACAACACUAAAUUAACAUUGUCAGAUUUAUGUAUCAAAUGUAUUAAAGUAGAGGCUUGAACAUUGAUGAAUAAACUUUUCAAUUGAUA